AUGUUCCAAGCCUACCUCAGGAGGCUGCUGUACCUCAACUGGGAGAAUCUUCUGGAGGUCUGCAUCAGCAUCUCUAGCUUCCUGUAUGUGCUCGACGUCCAGCCAUGCCAGAACGACACCGGAUACCGUUAUGACUGGCAAUGGAAUUUAGGUGCGAUCGCCAUAGUAACGGCCUGGCUGGGACUUGUCAUGUUCAUUCAAAAAUUUGCUUACAUCGGCAUCUAUGUGGUCAUGUUCACCAGUAUCCUGCAGACGUUCUUCCGUUUUUUCAUCGUUUUUCUUCUCUUCAUCAUCGCCUUUGGGCUGGGAUUUUACGCACUCAUUCAGAACCAGACGCCCUACCAUACAUCGUAUCACGCGAUCAUCCGCACCAUGGUGAUGAUGAUCGGUGAGAUGGACUACAACGACAUCUUCCACAGCGACGACAAGGUGCACUACUGGAUCACCUACGUGCUCAUCUGCAUCUUCCUCAUCGUCAUGUCUAUCAUCAUAAUGAACCUACUUGUCGGUCUCGCGGUCGAUGACAUAAAGGGCGUGCAGGAGCAGGCAUCAUUGAAAAGGCUUGCGAUGAAGACGGACCUGGUUCUUGACGUGGAGCGACUCAGUCUGCCGUUUACGAGCCGAUGGUGGCGGCGGGAGCUGACCAUGUAUAGCAGCAACAUGGAGGAAGUCAUAGCAGCAACCAAGCAUCCCGAGGAGUUCGGGAACCAGAUUCAGAAGAGCCAAAGGAAAACAAUAAAGAAGAUCGAAAAGUUAAAAUCCAACAUGAAAACGCUUAACGAUCGCACGAUCAAGAUAGAACAGAUGCUAAAUGCUCUUCUACAUGCCAGCAACAUCCAAUUGAACGCAGUCGACACAGUGACUAUCAACGAAGACGGCUGGGUCAAGCGCAGAGAGAACGAUGAAAACUAA